AUGUGGCCGUUUUUGUCUCCUAUGCUUCUAUCACUAUUAUGCUUUUUUCUAUCCUCAAGCGUCGUCAAUUCCUCGCCAGCCCCCCAGCCAUCAUCUGUUGAUGUCUUCUACUGGCCCGUCGCAGCUUCUGAACCUUCUUUACUGGCUCAGAUUUCAUAUAACUCGACUUCUAUGAACUCAGAGUUGGUCACCUAUUCGCCUCCGACUCUUGCUCACGCACAACAGUCGUCGGACUUGGUUCGCAUCGGUUUUUUCGCAAUCAACACUUCAGGCUCCAAGCACUGGGUCGGGACUGCUACUUCCUGGUCGUCGUUCUUUGGAGAUGAGGACAACCGCCCUGUCCUUCGACUUUACGUCGAUUCGCCUUCUGAGGACGAAUUGUAUCACGUUGCUCUAGUAUCCUCUACUACAUUCGCUGAUAUCUCGACUCUGGUCAGCCCUCGAGUGGAGCUAGUAUCGAACGAGGCUGGCCCGCGUCCGCACCUAAAUCAACCUGUCAUUAUCGGCCCGGACGGAAAGAACGCAGACGAAGUUGUCGAGAAGACAUUUUUCCAGAAGUACUGGUGGAUUUUCCUCAUCGUCACAUUUCUCGCCAUGUCUGGUGGAGGGGAGGCGCAGUAG